CAUCACCGUUCAGCCAAUGUUAAAGUUGAGAGAAGUAAUCCCCCGCUGUGUGUCAGUAAAAAGGUGCCUCCCUUCCCUAUCAGCCGCGGGCUGGGGGUUUAUCUCCGUGCCUCUCUCCCUUUCGCUUUGGUUCAGCCUUCUCCUCUCUCACUCAUUGCUCUUCUUUUUUUCCUCGCCGGUCAAGAUGGCGGCGGCAGCGCCGAGAUGGAGCAUCCGCUCGACAUGAGCAGUUUUCUUUUUUUAUCGAAAUUACCCGAAAUAUCUCACUUCAGUCCGAGUAAACAAGGCGGCGGGCUUUUUUAAACUGCGCCUAAGCUUCUCUUAACUUUUGACUGUUCUAGUUUCACCGACUGUUCGGAUAUUUUCUGUCAAAAUGUUGAAACUGUAGCCAGUCGGAGGUCUCUUGUCUCUGCACUAGCACGCUAAGCUAGCAAGCUAACGCCGCCGAGAGUAGGAUGGGAGAGAAGCUGGAGCUGAAGCUAAAGUCGCCGGUUGGAGCCGAAGCUGCGGGAUACCCGUGGCCGCUGCCAGUAUACGAUAAACAUCAUGAUGCUGCACAUGAAAUCAUUGAAACCAUCCGAUGGGUGUGUGAGGAGAUCCCAGACCUUAAGCUGGCCAUGGAGAACUAUGUUCUCAUCGACUAUGACACCAAGAGCUUCGAGAGUAUGCAACGGCUGUGUGACAAGUACAACAGAGCCAUUGACAGCAUUCACCAGCUGUGGAAAGGGACCACUCAGCCAAUGAAGCUGAAUAAGAGGCCUUCCAACGGCCUGCUGCGCCACAUCCUGCAGCAGGUCUAUAAUCACUCCGUCACUGACCCGGAGAAGCUCAACAACUAUGAACCCUUCUCCCCGGAGGUGUACGGAGAGACCUCCUUUGACCUGGUGGCUCAGAUCAUAGAUGAGAUUGAGAUGAUGGAGGAGGACACCUUUGUGGACCUCGGCAGCGGUGUUGGUCAGGUGGUUCUGCAGGUUGCUGCAGCCACGAACUGUAAGCACUACUAUGGUGUGGAGAAGGCAGACAUUCCAGCUACGUAUGCCGAGGCAAUGGACAAAGAGUUCAAGAGGUGGAUGAGAUGGUAUGGGAAAAAGCAUGGAGAGUACACGCUAGAGAGAGGAGACUUCCUUUCUGAAGACUGGAAAGAAAGGAUAGCUACUACAAGUGUUAUUUUUGUGAAUAACUUUGCCUUUGGUCCAGAAGUAGAUCACCAACUGAAGGAGCGUUUUGCCAACAUGAAGGAAGGCGGAAAAAUUGUAUCCUCAAAACCUUUUGCACCUCUCAAUUUUAGAAUAAAUAGUCGAAACUUGAGUGAUAUUGGCACAAUAAUGCGUGUUGUUGAACUGUCUCCACUGAGAGGCUCAGUCUCUUGGACAGGGAAGCCAGUUUCCUACUAUCUCCAUACAAUAGAUCGUACCAUACUUGAAAACUAUUUUUCUAGUCUCAAAAAUCCUAAACUCAGGGAGGAGCAGGAGGCCGCAAGACGGCGUCAGCAGAAGGACACCAAGGACAGUAAGAGCAACACCACCACCCCGACCAAGCCGAAGGAACACAGGGACUCCGGUGGUGAGGAAGAGAGCGCAGCACCGCCGGUACCUGUGAAGCCGUCUCCUAAACCUCGUCGUGCCAAGCUACUGGCUAAGGGCCGCAAGCUGGGCAGCAAGAAACGUGGGCGGCCCAAGAAGGCUGCAGCGGCUGCAGCUGCUGAGCGUAAGACCAAGAAGAGCCAGAGUGCGCUGGAUCUUUUGCAUGCCAAGACCCUCUCAGCAGCCCCCCCUCAGGAUGGGUACAGGUCUCCACAGAGCCCAUUCUACCAGCUACCUCCCAAAGUGCAGCAUUACACAGCGAGCCAGCUCCUGCUCGGGCCCAUGCCGCCAGGCCUGCAGACUCUGCUGGAUAACAUCAAAGUCCAGUACCUGCAGUUCAUGGCCUACAUGAAGACGCCACAGUAUCGCACAAACCUGCAGCAAGCUCUGGAGCAGGAGAGGCUCAGACACACUGAACUGUCAGGUCAAGCCCAGCAGCUGAUGAGUGCUUGCCAUGCUCAUAAGGAGAGGAUCACAGACCUUUUCCAGUCCAAACUGGAGGAGGUAAGGCUGUGUCUGGGAGUGAAGGCAGUGACUGUGGAAGACCUGGUGCAGGCUCAAAAAGAGAUCACAGCCCACAACAUGCAACUGAGGGAGCAGACCAAGCAGUUAGAGCAAGACAUGGCUGAACUGAAGGACCAGAGCCUGAUGUUGCUGAAGGCACGCUGUGAGGAGCUGAAGCUGGACUGGGGCUCUCUGUGUCUGGAGACUCUGUUAAAAGAGAAAGCUGCUUUGCGAAGGCAGAUUUCUGAGAAACAGCGCCACUGCCUGGAGCUUCAGAUUAGUAUCGUCGAACUAGAGAAGAGCCAGAGACAGCAGGAAUUGCUGCAGCUCAAGUCCUCCUACAGCCCAUGCGAGGACUCUCCCUACCGCAAGAACUUCCCAAGCCUUGAGCCACGCCCUCCCAUGGAUUCAGACACCCCAAAGCUUUCUGGCCUCAAUGGCCUCAGCCCUGAACUCUCCAUUAACGGCACUGCAUCUCCUGGUUAUGAGCGGAGUAGCGGCAGCAGUAGCAAAACUGAGCUUUUUUCCCGCUACCUGCCCAUCUCCCCCGACCACGAGAUCGUGCCCCCCACCCCCGAUUCCCGGUGCAGGCACGUGGGCCAGCCGCUGCCCGACUACACCCGCUUUUCUCCAGCCAAGAUUGCUCUCCGCAGGCAUUUGAACCAGGACCCAUCCACAAGCCAGUUUAGGUCACUUGGAACCAUCCAUAGGGGUGAUGUUGGUGCUGUACCGUCUCCCACCUUAAGUUUGAAACAGGGUUGCUCCUCACCAAACGCAUCUGAUAAUCAACAAACCGCCACCGCCAAGAAUACAGACAGGGUGAGUAAGGAGAAGAGCCCAGCAGGUACAGGUGACAGUAUUACUAGUCUCCCAAUCAGCAUUCCUCUCAGCACUGUGCAUCCCAAUAAGCUUCCUGUCAGCAUCCCAUUGGCCAGUGUAGUGCUGCCCAGUCGUGCUGAGAGACUGAGGAAUACUCCCAGUCCUGUUUCCAGUAGGGAGCUGUCAGCAGUGCAGAACAGCAAACAGCCUCUGACACCUAACUCAGGGUACUCCUCCAACUCAGGGUUGGUAAACGGCUCCCACUCUACUGUGCUGACAAGCGAUCAGGACUGCAAUGCACCAUCCCCUCCACCUCACAGUACCCCCCUAAUGGGCCUCCAGCCUCGUGGCACUGGCCUUAGCCCUCCCCUGGGCACCGGAGGAGUCCUGCAGUAUGCAGACAGGCCUCCUCGUCUUCCCCCUGAGGAGGGCCCAGAGCGGCUGGGACCCGAAUCAGACCUUGAGGCUCUGGAUAGUGAGGCCCGUCGUCGAAUCUUCUUCUCAUCCUCCUCUUCGUCCUCCUCUUCAUCCUCCUCCUCUGUGGGAGGCUCCCGGCUGCACCACGGCUCAUCUAAGCAACAUCACCACAGCAGCCGCCACCAACACCAUCACCACCACCAUCACCACCACCACCACUCUCCAGGCUCCCACGGUCAAGAGGGUCGCAAAAGGGGCCGCCGGAAGCGCAGCUCCUCUGGGCUUCCACCAGCAAGCGGCUCCCCUAAAAGGAGGUCCUUUCAAGGCCUUGGUUGUGCUGGUCAUUCCUCUGGCUCCCCACUUAAUAUCAACACCAUGGUUAACAACAUUAAUCAGCCUUUGGAGAUCUCGGCAAUCUCCUCUCCAGAACAGGCGGGCCGCAGUCCAUGUGAAGCAGACCUAGACCAGCCACCGGUCCUAAAGAGAGAACGACCCCUGGAGCUAAAUGGCUCCAGCCGCUAUUCUUCCACCCCCAGCUCAGAAGAUGAAGAUGCUGGCUACCCUGCAGAUAGCAGUUCCUCACGAAUUGAAAGAAAAAUUGCAACGAUUUCCCUUGAGAGCCGGGAUGGUGAUAGAGGUUCUCAGGGGCGCAAAUCAGGGCCCAGCAGUGUGAGCAGUGAGGUCUCCUCCACUUCCAGCAAAUGGAAGUCCACUUUUUCGCCCAUCUCUGACCCCAAGCCUACCCCACCUGAUCUCCGACAAGGAGGCUCCCCCUUUGGCAUGGGUGUGUCCCGCGGAGGGGGCACAGACUCCGACUCGGAUCAGAAGCAGCAGAGGAGGACAGAGCGGGAAGCAUACGGGAACCCUAAGGCUUUCAUGGCCUCAGAGGCGAGUGGGCGCUCGGCAGGAAUGUCUGAGAGGCCGCAACAGAAGCAGAAACCUCGGGAGUGGGAGCUGAAGGCUGUGAGUGGAUUGGCAAGCCAGAACCUCUUCAUAUCUGCUGCAACCACUGGAGGCAUCCUGAGUGGCAAAGUGAGCGGUGCAACUACAGUUUCUUCUGCCUCCUCGGUGGGACAGUACUUCCCUUUGGGUACACCCUCAGUCUUACAGACCUUGUUCGGAGCUCAGACGUCCAGCCCAGCCACCAGCGGAGCACCACGAUUGGUUAACGGCCACUCUGCACUGGGCAGCUUUUCCAGCGCUGGGCUGGCAGGAGGUGCUGCAGGAGGGAUUUUUCACCACAUGGUGCCUUCUUCAGUGUCCUCUCAGCAGUCUGGGGCCACGCUGGCCGGCCCCGGGGCCCUUGGCUCCCUGCUCAGUCUUUCUUCCCCCCAGCAGAGACAUCCAGACGCCAAAGCCUCUGGGGCCUCCUCGUUCCUGGCCUCUGGCUCCUCCGUCUUCCCCCCUUCGCAGGCACAGCAUGGCCGCACGCAGACCGUCCUGCACGCUCCUUCCCCUCCCACGCUCUCAUUGCCUCCCCCUCCCCCCCUCCUCAAUGUUUCCUCCUCUUCCUCCUCCACCCCUCCUCAGCCUUCUCCGCCUUGUGAGAGACAACAGUCCAAUUCCCUCCAAACACUGCGAACCGCCCCAUCCUCAUCGUCCUCCACAUUGGUCCCCUCCCCGGCUUCCGCUGCUUGUGCCACGGCCACUCCCACUGCUUCCUCCCUCUCCUCGUCUUCCUCUCGACCCUUCACCGUUCACUACCAGCCUCACCUGCCCCCUCCGGCCACCCCCAGCGGCGGCAGUACCGGAGGCAGCAGUAGCGGUAGCGGAGGUGUAACCUCCUGGAGGACUCUGGGUUUGCAGGCGACUUACAGCGCCUCGCAGGUCCCCAGCGCCCGUCCCAGAUAGGAGCCAGCAUCAACUGCGCUUUGGGGGGGGGGGUUGGGGCAAGGGAGAGGGGGGAAAAGCUUGGGAAUUUUUUUAAUGGGGAAGCUGCUGCAUUGUACCUCUCCCAGCUGCUGUCUCAGUCUGAACAAGGUAACUGAAGCAAUCUACCUCAACCCAACGUAACCUAUGCAAUGGACAGGUGUGGACCAAUGGGCUCUUCUCCCUCACUGGUGCUCUCACAUUUGCUAACGCCGCUGCGGUAAAUCCGGCAUGGGUAUCAGAACUCAGCGAAGGUGCAGCUGAACUUGUACACACAAACAAAUACACACACAGUUAUACAGACACAUAAAGGCCCACUCAUGGAAUGGUGCUCCGGUCUGGUGAAAGUUGAAAAGGGAGGCACAUAGGCAAAAAUGACCAUGUUAACAUUCAGAAAUGUUUGUCUUACCCAUGUCUUGGGAAAGGGUUCAUUUUUAAAAACAUCAGUUGAGGGAUUUUAUGCUCAAUUUGGGAUGCCACGGGUAUGGAAUUGAUUGUCCUGCAAAAGUCAUAUUUAUGAAAAUGAUGGGUUUUUAUUUUCCUUUUUUUAUAUAUAUAUAUUUUGAACUCCAUUAAAACAUGAGAUCCACUGAGCCAUGACAUAUAGUAAUUGUCAUUCCUGAAUUGGUCUUUUCUGCAGAGGGGAAUUAAACAGUUAUUGGUUGCAUCCUCAUACAGACUGUGUGCCUCCCUGGUGCUGAAGCCUACUGUUAAUAAUUCCCACCUCAUGUGCUGCAUACUCUGAUAAUUGUAGGGCACCUACUUUAAAGAUACAUGGAAAAAUACAUUGAAAAAAAAGAAAAAAAAAGGUUUCAUUUAAACAGUUAAUUGUUUUGAGUUAAAAAUCACUCUAAAAUGCAGCUAUUUGGUGGAUACAUACACUCUUCUACACUGGAGAGCAGAACUGUGGAGCUGUUCAUUACACACAACUAUCAUGAGCUAAAUUUGUUUACUGUGCUUUAAAAAAAAGCAAAAUUACCCAUUUUUAAUUUAUAUUUUUUAAUCGAUUUACAGAUUAAUAACAAUAGCAGUUCAGUCAUGCCUCUUAGGGACCCACAAUACUGUACAUAAAUGGAAUUCUUCUGUCUCUAAUCUUACAAACCCUGUUCAGCAUAUUAAUUAACAAACCAACAAUUCCUCUGCUACUCCACACAAGUCCUCCACUCUUGAUACCACCACCACACACUUCUACACUUGCUAAAGCACAACCUACCAGGAUUAAACACUGAAAGCCUGUGUGCAAAUGCAUGAAGUAAAAGGCGCAAAUUGAUUGGGUUAGUUCAGCUAACUGCCGAAGCUAUUUAAUAAUCACUACAUUUGUCCUAGCUCAGCCCAAGGCUUGCUUUUUGCUUUUUAAGAAUUUGUUUUAAAUAUGAAAUCUUAUUUUUAAUAUGCUUCCUUUUCCCUUAGUGCUAAUAUCCUUUGAAGAUGCACCUAUGUGCAGACUUGAAGCUUAGUGACGUGUACAUGAAAUAUUCAGGUGAUUUUUAUCAGAGACAAAAGAUUUGUGGUGCUGAAACAAUUUUCACAAAGACCUAGCAUCUGCCUUUGGAUGAUCCACUCCAGUAAUAUUUAUGUGGUGCUUUUAGAAAAAAGGAACAGCUCACAUACAUACAUACAUACAUACAUACAUACAUGAAAAUACACACACAUACACAGAUCUAAAAGAAAUAAAUCACACUGGGGAAAUGAAACAUGUCAAAGAAAAACUACUGGGCAACUUUCACCUUAUUUUCCAUUAUUCCUAUUUCUGUGUUUAUUGACAGCUUUUUUUGUACUGUGAAUGGGAUUCACUCUCAGACUGUAUAAUUGUAUAUAUGAUUUAGAUUAUUUAUCAUUUCAGUUUUGGUUUAUUGUAAUUGUUUUGUUCAUUUUUUUCUGUGUGUAACAGUCGAGCACAAAUGUGCAAAGUGUGUGUACUUGACUCACAGUCUUGGGGAAAAAAAAAAAAACAUGGUGCUACAAUCUGUACAACUCUGGACUGUGCCUAUUUAUAUUAUGAACAUCAAAGUAAAAGAUCGAAUCUGGGUGCUUUUGUUAACAGGGACUUUUUCUUGCUGUUUUGUGGCUUUUUUUUCCCUCCUCCCUUUUCGGAUAUUUAUAAUGUAAUAGCAUUUAGCACCGAGUGUGAAGCAUGGAAGCAUGUUUCAUUAGUGCUAUAGACAAUGGCUGAUGAUAGUGUAUAAAUAUACAUAUUUGAAACACCUCUUUGCUCUUAGGAACCAGAGAUUUACAUUAUUUACAUCAUAAUGCAGCUCUUUGCACCUCGAUCUACACUCAAUGUUUUUUUGUUUUGUUUUUUUUUUUAUAGUAGAGGCAGUGGAUCUGUCUACAAUUGCAAGAAAAGAUAAAGUAGACCCUUUGGAAUUAUUUGUACCUUCCACAUGUAUUACUAGUAACUGUGGCCUGGUCAUGAUUUAUGUUGGGAUUAUACACAAUCAAAGUAAACUAUGAUGAUACAGUUGUACUGUGAGUAAACUCUACAUUGCAGGCUAGAAAAAGUAAGUGUUUCAGCAUUUAACAUUUUUGGGAUGCUUAAAGUUUGGUGUGCACUGUUCUGUUUCCUCUAAAAUGUUUUUACAUCAUAUGUACUCUGUAGGUCUUUUGCUGUUACUAUUGAAUUCUUUCUCGCAUCCUUAUUGUUUGCUUGUAGCAUCCCAAACCCCACACUACCAUGUAAAAUAGGGUGUUAAAUAGUGCAGCACCAUUAUACGUGUUAAUGUAGUGAAUAAAGUAUGGAGUGUGUGAUUUGGGACACAGACAUAGAUUCUUUUUGUGAGUGAACUGUGCUACAACUGCUAUGCAUAACUUUAACAAAUUUUAAUGGCUGUAAUUAACAGACAAAGCACAUGCAUUUUUGAAAGGCUAAUUAUCCAACCCACUCAUUAGGACUCUUUUUUUUUUUUUUUUUUUCAUUACUAUUUAUAAUGGCAAUACUAGAAGACUGAAGAUUAGCAUACACCUCCCCUAACAUGUGAGGUCAGCCAUCGCCUUUUUUUUUUUUUUUUUUUUUUUAAACUGCUGCUGAUGCAAUAGCUGACCAACAUCAACUUGGGAGUGAUGUGGGGAGAGAGCGCCAUCUACUUACCCCAAAUAGAGUAAGGUGAACAACAUGACCCAAGAUUCGAACCAGCAAGCAUUGGAUCAUAGCGGCAGCCCCUUAGUCUGCUAGUCCACUCAGAGCCUCUAAUAAAGCACCCACACUAAUCUUAUCUUCUUAAUUCUUAAUAAACUUUUCAAAUCCAAUACAAUAUAUUUUAGCAUUUAUAGCAUUUUUACAACUAAUGUAUAAAUGUAAUGCAUAAACUUGGAAGUAGGACAGAGUCAAACAUAAAACUUAGAAUCUCCAGUGAACGACAUUGAAAAGGAAAAACUCCCUCAGAGUUGUAGGAAGAAACUUUGGGAAGAACUAAGGCUGAUAAGGAGGGACCCAUUAUCCUCUCGUCAGACUACUUAUACAUUCAUUAUAAAUAUUCACAUAGAUGUAAUAUAUUCAUGUGAGUAGCCAAAAUAGCAAUUGAAACAAUAAAAAAUGCUAGAUAAAGUCCAUGUAAACCUAAACAUAGACAGUAGUGGAAAGUGAGCAACUAGUCCAAAGAGCUAACUUUUGCCAGUUAGCUCUCAAAGAAGCCAUUAACACAAAAGUUCACUUACUUUUUCAAGCCUGCACUGUCAAUGUUUACUCAGUAUGCUCAAUAAAAGAACAUGAACAGUAAAGACAACUGUUUGUGUUAUUAGCUUGGUUAGAUUUUGUUUGUCUAGUCAUGACUUGAGUGAUUGAUUUCUAAUAAAAUGUGGUCUGAUCAAUGUGGAAAUCUUGGCAGUUCCAGCAGGUCAAAUACAACUUUUUUUCUUGCAAGUGUAGAACCAUGACACAUUUGAGAACCAUUUGAGUGCGUGUUUUUUCCUGCUUAAAGGGUCCUUGAAACACAAGCUAAACCUCUUAUAUAAGGUUCUUUAUAGAAAAAGGCUGUGUGUAUAUAGCAGCAACAGGGUUCCAUUAUUGGUAUUUAUUUUAGUACUUUACGGAAGCCUGUUGAUAAGCGUGUAAUGUUUGAGAGAUAUGUGAAUCCUUGUGCGUUGGCAAGAUCUGUUGCUGAAAAAUAAAAAAAUCUCUUAAAGGCGGGGUUCCGUCUUCACUGGUGCUGAUGUUUAGCAGCAAAUGCUAGCAGCCUUUAGACAAGGUGCGAUGAUUUUGACUUGAUUUGGCUGGUGCUAUUUGUGCCUGAUUGGCAUUCUUCCUCAUUUUGUUUAGUUUUUUUUUUUUUUGUUGUGCUUUUCUUAUAACAACAAUUCUGCAAUUCUGUGCUCAGACCAUUGCUACCCCUUUCUGGGUGCAGUCUCAUAACCCGAAGCCUGUGCUUAACGUUUCACACAGUCCAACUUGUUGUGAAACCGGUGCUGCUUAAAUCAUAGGAAUCAAAAGCUCUUUUCUCUACUCUUAUCCGAGAAUACUUUUUUUUCCCUUCUAAACUGCUCUACCAUUCAUUCCAGAGUUCAGGCCUGUGUGUAAGUGUGUGUUGUAAUAAAGUAAGUUAACUAGAUUGAUCUGAUGUGACUUCUAGAGAUCUCCAACUACUCAGUACUCAGUGAGGAGGGGGUUGGCAAACUUUGGUAGUCUAGUUGUUGAUGGUCAGGUAAGAGCAGGUUGUUUUGUAAGUGUUUUAUUUUUGUUGCUUUUUCUUUGCGUGAUCAGAGCGAAAUCAGCCUCAUCCUAAGCUUUAUAGUUCCGAGGCGGUUGAAUAGACUACAGUGUGUUAUAACUUAGACGUGUAAUCAUUCUCUGUGAAGUGGAGGCUAUUUUUUAAUUGUGUAUGAUGAUCUUGAGCAGAGAAGAAAGUCCAUUGUUACAUUAGCAGCACUGAAAAGGUCUGUCUAUAUAUAAAUAUAAAAAAUAUAAGUAUAUAAUAUAGUCUUUGUUAAUGUUACCUGUUUGGAUUUGCCUGUUUGUGUUUGAUAUCUUUUAUUGACGUUUUGCUUUUAUUAUGACUUAAGAUCCGGAUGGUUUUAAUACAUGUUUAGACCAGUAACAUAAGGUGCUCUCCUACACUUUAAACAAGGACAAUGCAGCUACAAAUUAAUCCACACUUUUCAUAGUGUUGCCGAAUAAGUGCGAGCCGUUUUAAGAAAAUAAAAAAAAAAAAUAAAUAAAAUAAAAUAAAAAAUACUGCAGUGCAAGCCUGGCUUGUUUCACCUUCUGUGACCUCAAAAUUAAUUUGUCACAGAUAUCUUCGUAGCUUGGUAAUAAAAAAAAAAGAAAGAAAUUUAGCUGGAGAAAACAGCGCCAGUUUUAAAUAGAAAUCUCACAGUUAAUUAGCCUAGUGUAUAUUUACUCAGGUACAUGUGCAAGGUUAGAGUCGUACAUUUUAAAAGGCACUUGUGUUGGCAUGUCUUUGUGAUAGAGCGUACAUACUGUGAGGAUGCGUUUUUAGAAUCCCUCUAUAGUCUCAGGAAGAUCGCUUAUUGUUUUGUCUUCAUAGACAGUGUCUCAACCCUAAAGGGAAGGUUAGAAACAUUAGUCGUCUUCUCAGUGGGGUUUUCCAAAACAUUAAUUCACCCUCUUCUUUUCUUCCCCUUUACUAUUUCUCCAACUCACGUUUUUCGCUUUCUCCCCUCGUGUGCGUACUCUAUCCGUACCUGUUCCUAUCACACUAAAUGAUAAUGAUGAUCAUGGUUGUACGUAAAGAAAAUUGUAACUGCAUUGCUGUUGUAUUCAGACAUUUUCUUUUCAUUCUUUUCUCCACGCAGAACAGGAUAGGAUGAUGGUGCAAUAAGUCUUCACCAAGGUUCUACUCCUAAUUGCUGUCUUUUGGUGCUGGUUCUUUUAUCAAAUGAGAAAUGAACAGCUGUUUUAAAUUAAGACUAAAUCCUGUUUUAAAUAAAGACUAAAUCUCUCAGCUUUUGUUAUAACUUAAUAAAGUGUUUCUAAUAAAGCUUGAUUUGUAUUGACUCUUAA